AUGCUUCAGGAGGAGAGUACAAGCACAUUCCUUGCAAGCGAGGCGGCAACGCUAAGUUAUUUACGCGACAAAAGUGAUAUUCCCGUCCCAGAAGUGUUUUCGUUCUGUCCGACGCAUCAGAAUGAUAUUGGCGUUCCCUAUAUCUUGAUGAGCAAAGCACAUGCGAAACCGCUUGCUUCUUCCGGCUGGGAUAACAAUGUUGAUUUGGAUGAAGGCGCUUGA